CCAAAAAGACGAAAAUAAGUCUGUAAAUAAUCUCGUAAAGGUAAAAUGCUUUUACGGAACGGACGAUGAAGACCCAUUCGAGUGGUUUGCCGAAUUCGAACGAGCCGCUAAGGCUAAUAAUUGGACCGGAGAUCGUCGUUUCCAUAUUGCUUCGGGCUAUCUAAAAGGUAUAGCCGCCGAUUGGUAUUCUGAAAAUGAAAAAGAGAUAAAUGAGUGGAAGACUGAAGACGAAACUGAAGAAAAGAAAAGUGAAAGCUUUUAUCAUCGGUUCGUCCAACAAUUCGCCCCAGAGGAACGUCAACAUCGCUGGGCCAUUGAACUAGGUGCUUUAAAACAACAAGAGUUAGAGAA